AUGUCGGGUUCUCAAGCUUCGGAGCAGUUAAAGCAAUCCAUGCAGCAGCAACAGCAACAGCUGCAAAAUCAACAGCAACUAAAACGACAGCUUCCUUUCUCUAUGAAGCCGCCGUUUAUGGCUCCUGGAGGCGACUAUCACCGCUUCCCUUCAACUGAGCCUCGCCGCAUCGCCGAUCAAGAUGCUGAAGCAAUCGUCGUUAAGUCUCCCUUAAAGAGGAAGAGUGAUAUAGCAGAUCGGGAAGUUGAGUCUAGUGAGUGGACAAUGCCUCCUGGAUACACUGAAGUGGUUAGCAGCCCCCUCCAGACUCCUGUAUCAGGAAAAGGGGGGAAGGCUCAAAAAACAUCAAGGCUAACAAAAAGCAGUAAAGCUGGUCCUCAAACUCCUGCUUCAAAUCUUGGUUCUCCUGGCAAUAAUCUCACUCCCUCAGGUCCUUGUCGUUAUGACAGCUCCUUAGGGCUUUUGACAAAGAAGUUCAUCAAUUUGAUUAAACAAGCUGAAGAUGGUAUUCUUGAUUUAAAUAAAGCUGCUGAUACAUUGGAGGUGCAAAAGAGGAGGAUAUAUGACAUAACCAAUGUCCUUGAAGGAAUUGGUCUGAUUGAAAAGAAACUCAAGAACAGAAUUCAGUGGAAGGGGCUUGAUGUCUCAAGACCAGGGGAAGUAGAUGAGAAUGUUGCUACUUUGCAGGCAGAAGUUGAGAACCUUUCUAUUGAGGAACGCAGAUUAGAUGAACAAAUAAGAGAAAUGCAAGAACGAUUGAGGGACCUUAGUGAAGAUGAAAAUAAUCAAAAGUGGCUUUUUGUCACUGAGGAAGAUAUCAAGAACUUACCCUGCUUCCAGAAUGAAACACUGAUAGCUAUUAAAGCUCCACAUGGAACCACACUUGAAGUCCCAGAUCCUGAUGAGCAGGCUGUUGACUAUCCCCAGAGGAGAUACAGGAUUGUCCUCAGAAGCUCAAUGGGUCCUAUAGAUGUUUACCUUGUCAGUCAAUUUGAGGAGAAAUUUGAAGAGAUACAAGGGGUAGAUCCACCUCCGAACUUUCCAUCAACUUCAGGCUUGAAUGAGAACCCAGGAACAACAAUGGUAAUGGAGGAGAGCAGAGGGAAGGAGAUUGAAACGCAGGGCCAAGAUACUAAUAGAAUGUGCUCAGAUCUUAAUGCCUCACAGGACUUUGUGAGUGGGAUCAUGAAGAUCGUUCCCUCAGAUGUUGAUAGUGAUGCUGAUUAUUGGCUUUUAUCAGAUCCUAGUGUUAGCAUAACUGACAUGUGGCGGACUGAACCUGAGGUUGGAUGGAAUGAGUUUGGUACACUUCAUGAUGAGGAUUAUGGCAUGGGUGCUGUUAGCACGCCACGUCCUCAAACGCCUCCAUCAAAUGCAGCUGAAGUGCCAUCUGCUAAUUAAACUGGGAGGUGAAAGGCAUAUUUGUGUUUGCAGAAGUGACGAUCCCUUUGCUUGUAUUUAAGUGAGAGCAUUCCUGAUGCUGUGGAGAUUGGUGUGAAUGGUUCGCAAAAGUUGGCUGCUUGAUGUUCCUCAAAGUUUGAGGAACUAAAGAAUAGGAAGUAGGUAGAACAAUCACUGUACAGCUAAGUAAUACAAAUGAUCCACGUGAUCGUGUAGUAAAUAAGGUCAUAUGUUAUCUGAGUUAGUCCCUGUAUAUUAUUUCUUUUCUUUUUCUUUUUUAUUGCAUUAACCAAAACUUCUUGUUAGAUUGAUUGGCAUAGGGUCAUACAGACAUCAUGUGAUGGCAAACAAAUGAUCUGAUGUACCUUGUUUUUUCUAUAUUGAGAAAAUUUUGAUGAAA